GCCUCUUCCGUCUCUGUCCAUCUCAGUUCUCCACUUCUCCCUGCUCCAUAUCACUACUACCGUCGCAACCUCACCUUGACGAUCGCCGACCGAUGACACUCUUCGAGGUGCCGACACAGUGACAUAACGACCGCCACCACCGUCGAAUCAAGUUUAUCUUCUUGCUCCCUUUAUAGUUUCCGAAGGUACAAAUAUAUCUCCAAGUUAUGUACCUUCAGGUCUUGCUUAGUAUUGGUGUAUCUCUCUUUUAGGGAUUUUCCAUUUUCUACACUUUGAAUUAAAUGAAUUCCUUAAUCUCAUAUUCCAUUUUCUUAUUGCCUUUUACAGUUUGUUUUAUGUUUGUUCAUAUUUUGAUGUUGAUGUUGCUAAGUUGCUCUGAGUUUGGUUUGGUUGCAUUCAACCCUAGAAACUACUUAAAAGUGAAAUGGUUAUCCGAAUUGCACAAAGUUCCCUAUCAGAGAAUGAUGACCUCUUCGGAAAAGAGGAGCUGGGUUGAUUGUGAGACACUUGUUGGUGUUUUUGCUGAUCGAGACAUUGAAGUAGGAGAGCCAUUGACAUAUGAUUACAGAGUUUUGCUAUGCAUUUCUUGAUUAAAUUUUCUAGUUAUAAGGCAUUGGAAAAGCAAAUGGUGGAACUAGGAGUAUAACUAG